AUGCGCCGCACAGCACUUUGUUUGGGAUCGGUGGCUUUGGCCAGCGGUAAGGUGUACUUCUCCGAAACCUUCGGUGAUGGCUGGGAGAGCCGAUGGACCCCCAGUGAGUGGAAGAAGAGCGAUGGCACUCAAGGCACCUGGCAGUUGUCAGCGGGCAAGUGGUUCGCCAAUGAGGCGGAGGACAAGGGCGUGCAGACCGCGGAGGACUCCCGGUUCUUCGGCCUCUCCGCCGGCUUCGACUCCUUCAGCAACGCCGGCAAGGAGCUGAUCAUCCAGUACCAGGCGAAGUACGAGAAGGACAUCGAGUGCGGUGGCGGCUACGUCAAGGUCGGGCCAAAGCUCAGCGAUCCCAAGACCUUCGGCGACCCCACGCCGUACAACAUCAUGUUCGGCCCGGACAAGUGCGGCUACACCAAGCGCACGCACCUGAUUUUCAGCUACAAGGGCAAGAACGUGCUGAAGAAGUCGGACCUGGCUUACAAGCAGGAGGGCGAGGGCACGUCGCACCCCGACAACACCGCGAAGGUGGAGAUCGACGGCGAGAAGAUCUACGAGGGCUCCUUGAAGGAGGACUGGGAGCUCUUGGCCCCCAAGGAGAUCAAGGACCCCGAUGACAAGAAGCCCAGCGACUGGGUUGAUGACAGCAUGAUGGACGACCCGGAGGACAAGAAGCCGGACGGCUGGGUGGAGGAGAAGAAGAUCGUGGAUGCCAAGGCCACUAAGCCUGACGACUGGGAUGACGAGGAGGACGGCGAGUGGGAGGCACCCGUGAUCGACAACCCCGAGUACAAGGGCGAGUGGACCGUGAAGCGAAUCUCCAACCCUGCCUACAAGGGCUUCUGGGAGGCCAAGAAGAUCGCCAACCCUGAGUAC